UAAAAAAAGUUUCAUCUCCGAAUAAGUUACUCGCACACAAUUUUUUCAGCGAUCGUUCCAGCUGUAAGUUUCCUGUAAAAUAACUUUUUAUAACUAUGACAACUUAUAGUCAAAUAGCAACUCUUGCAGCUGGAGUAGCUGGUGUUUCCUUCCUUGGCUACUGUCUGUAUUUUGACAGGAAACGUAGAUGUGAUCCACUUUUCAAGCAAAAACUAAAAGAACGUCGUUUGAAAAAUCAAAAAUCUGCUGAUGAUGAUAGUUCUAGUUCAGUUUUACCUGAUAUGAAAGAUCAAGAAGCUGUCCAAAAGUUUUUUCUUGAUGAAGUAAGCAAAGGAGAAGAGUGCUUGUCUAUGCAGGACUAUGACAAUUGUGUUAAACAUCUUACAAAUGCUAUAGUUGUAUGUGGUCAACCUCAACAGUUGUUGCAAGUCUUUAAACAAACACUGCCACCUGAUGUAUUUCAAAGUCUAGUUCAAAAUAUAGCUUUAUACGGAGCCAUGCAAAUGCAAAAAAUGCAGCCCUCACCUUCACAAGCUUCUGCUCAAGUAACUGAAGAUAAUGAUGGUCUUGACUAAUGUAUAAUCAACUGUUAAUGGAAAUAAAAUUUUAUGUGCGGACAUGUUGGCAUGACUAAUUCAAGCAGAUGUGAAUUGUUAAUAAAUGUUUUCAAUAGUAUGAAUUAAACAUGUUAAUGAAUAAAUGUUGUUUAUAAAGUAAAAAAAAAAAAUUAGGUUUCGAUUA